AAUAAAUAAAAUAAAAGGAGAAAAAAAGUUAAAACGCGCGGAAGGAUAGCGUCGCAGGUCUCAUCGCCGGGAAACCGCCGCCAUGGAGCUCACCGGCGCGACCACGCUCCGGGGAUCGCCGGCGACGCCUUGCGCCACUUUCCUGAGGGGGAGGAGGAGGAGCCCGGCCAGGGUGUCCUGCGCCGGCCGCGGAGGGGGAUUCGCCGACGAGGGGCACCUCACGUACUACGAGGCGCCGCCGCGGAAGGCGGUGGAGGCGGUUGCGAGGGACCUGGCCAAGCUCCGCGCCAUGGGGCUCGUCGCCGGGGACGCGGCCAAGGAGAAGGUGCUCUCGGAAGCCACAGAGCUGCUGAUGGAGGAAUUGGAUCGGAUGAGGGAUGAGGAGGACGAACUGAAGAAGAAGAUGGAGGAGGAGAAGGAUGCGAUGAAAGCACUAAAGAAGCAGCAGAAGGAGGCCAUGAAGGUUGCCACGGCGAUGAACUGUGAUGAAGACUGUUCAUCUGAAUCAAGUGAGAGUGAGUGUGAUGAGCAGAUCAUGGAAAUGAGCUGCGUUGCCACCGCAACCACACAGCAAUUUGCUGCAUCCGGCAUCGCAGCAGCCCCUGCGAUGGAGUGUGACAAGGCUGCGAUCAAGGCCAUGAAGAAGAGAGAAAAGGAACAGAAGAAAGCCGCAAAGAUGGCCAAGAAGAUGAAGAAGAAGGAAAUGAAGAUGUCAACGAUGACUCGCUGCAAGGAUGAAGACAGCUCCUCUGAAUCCAGCGACAGUGAAUGCGAGGAGGCCGUCAGAAUGAGCCGCUGUGCUACCAUAACCACGCCACAAACGCAACCCUCGAGCACGGUUUUUCCUAUAAUACUCCCCCAGAUUCCAGAAUCAGUGACACUGAAGCCAUGCCAAGAUGCUGAGAUCUCUCCAUCACCUGCAAACACAGUUCAGUCCACCACCAGCAUCAUCACAGUAGUUGAGAAGCCGACGAUGACGAACAGAAUUGAGGUCUGUAUGGGAGGCAAAUGCAAGAAAUCGGGCUCCCUCGCAGUUCUGCAGGAAUUCGAGAAGAAUGUUGGCACCGAAGGCGCUGUCGUCGGCUGCAAAUGCCUGGGGAAGUGCGGGCUAGGCCCGAACGUGCGGGUUCAGAGCGAAGGCUCUGUCAAGAAGAAUCCCCUCUUCAUCGGAGUAGGGCUAGAAGAUGUUGGCACCAUAGUGGCAGGCUUGUCUGGAGACGAUGACCUGGGCAUGGUGAACAACUAGUCCAACCUGUGUCUUCUUCUUACUUAUAAUGUGUACUGAGCAGUAGUAAUACUAAUACAGAGAAGAAGUAUAGUAUAAUCACGGCUCUGCUAAGUCGAUGCAAGAUAUGGAUCGUGUUUAUGUUGAUCAAGAGCUCAUGUUUCAUGAUGGAAAAUGCAAUCUGUUAUGGUUUCAUCUUUGUUGUCUGGAGCAAGACAGACGGAUGAUACUGGAUACUGGAUCAUCAAGUUUGCACUUGAAGAUCAAUGGAAAACA